AUUGGGAGCACUGGAAGGAAACGUCGGGAAACCCUUUGGAUUACUCUCUUCACAUUUUCAGCAUUUCAAGGACGAUAUGACACUAGAGGAUAUUGCCGCUUGUGCCAGCCAAGACACGAUGCUGCCCCCGAAGGCUGCUGUCGAGGAAGUUUUGGUUGCUGCUCAGAGAAAGGGCUCCUUGACUGUUGGGGUGUAUGAGUCUGCCAAGCUCAUGAAUGUAGAUCCUGACGGGGUUGUCCUCUGUCUACUUGCUGCAGAUCCAGAACACGAAGAUGACAUCGCUUUGAAGAUCCACUUUACUUUGAUUCAAGCUUUCUGCUGUGACAACGAAAUUAACAUUGUGCGACUCUCUGGCCUGCAGCGCCUGGCUGAGAUUAUUGGGGGUCAAACAGAGCCAAGCUCAGAACCCAGAGACAUGCAUUGCAUCCUAGUUUCGAAUCCGAAUACAGAUUCCUGGAAAUGCUCAAGUUUGGAUGAAGUUUCCAACUACUGUGUUGAAAGCAGAUGUCGAAAUCAGUGGGUUCCCUUCAUAUCGCUAAUGGAUCGAUGAAACAUCUUGAAAUAGUAUGGAAAUAAAUUGAAUGAUGUUCCGUAUCAUUGGUCGUGUGGUGACAGUGGCAAUCCAAAAGGGAAUAUCUGUUUUCUGCGUGGAUUACAUUAAAUUGUGUUCCAUUUUCAGUGUUAUGGAGACAAAAAAGCCAGGUGGAUGGCAUGACAAACUGCUUUCGCACUCAGAAAAAUUAAACCCGGAACCGUUUAUAACAUUCUAAAAUGAAGGAGCAGCUGGAUCUGCAGCUAAUUUAGAAUAUUUUGUUAAGUGUGUUGGACAAGAUCAAUGGGUCCGGUCAAUAAACUGGCUGUAUAUAUGUGUGGAGGUUAAAAGGGCUAAUGACUUGGACAAAUCAAUGAGGGAAAUUUCUGUUGCCUGCAGUGGUGCCUUGAUUUUUGGACAUGACCCCACCAUCAACCGAUCUUUCAUCUUAAUUCUCUACCUCUUGUUUGGCUCAUUCAAUCUGACCCAGAAUCCUUUCAUCAAGGCCAUAUUUCUGAUUGGGCACCUUCUAUUCUUAUUUAUUAAAAGCCCAAAGCAGUGUUCCAGCUUUUGGUACCUCUGUGGUCACAGGAUAUCUCUUCAUUGUCAUACGAGAAUUCCCCAUUAAAACCUAAAUGUCAAGCAAAUAUAUAUUUAUAUGUGACGUGUUUUCAGAUAUUAGUUUUGUAAUAAAUUAUUUUGGAACUUA